UGGCGGGGGCUUCAGCCCAGUAGUUCAAAAAUUGGACCGGCCUAUGCACAGCCCAGUAUUCCCCGACUGACUCACGGAGCCUCAAAUCCAAUAUCUGUUGAUGAAAAAGAAUCCGAUCAUCCCUUCUCCAAAGUCCAAACGCUCCGUUUCGGUCGAUCUGUGAGUUGAAGGUAGUCGUUCACUUUUCGACAGAGGCGUUCAACCUCUGGUUACACAAGCAACAGUCAAUUAAUCUCUCAUCCAAAGGCUGCUUCUCGGUGGAUAUCUGAGUGCAAGGAAAGAAAGUGAGAGAGAUAACAAAGUAAUUUAAACGUGGUUUUCUUUUAUUUUUCUGCAUUUUUCUUGUUAAGCAAACGAAGUGGAAGAAAAAUUUGAAAUGAAGAAGUAUGGCUUGCAACUUAGGGUUCCCCCCUCACAGCAGAAGAAGCAGCCAACAAGACCUCCACUUCCACCUCCUCUUGGGUUCUGUGAUGAGAAUGAGGAUGAUAUUGAGAGAGAGAUUUCUCGCCAAGCCAGCAAAAACAAGACUCUCAAGGAUAUAGAGGAACAGCAUAAGAAAGCCUUGGAAGAGGAUCCCACAGCAUUUGAUUAUGAUGAUGUUUAUGAAGAAAUGAAGGAGAAAACAAUUCGUCCUCUAGCACAGGAUCGCCAAGAGAGAAAGCCCAAAUAUAUCCAAAAGCUGAUUGAAAAGGCAAAACAAAGAGAGCGAGAACAUGAGAUUAUAUAUGAGAAAAAGCUUGUUAAAGAGAGAAGCAAAGAUGAUGCCCUAUAUGCAGACAAAGACAAAUUUAUCACAGGUGCUUACAAAAAGAAACUUGCAGAGCAGGCAAAGUGGUUGGAGGAAGAGCGGUUGCGUGAACUUCGAGAAGAGAAAGACGAUGUUACAAAGAAGAGUGAUUUGAGUGAUUUCUACUACAAUCUUUCAAAAAAUGUUGCUUUUGGAGGGAUAGAGGCUAAGUUGAGGAAGCGGGAAGAAAAAGUGGAUGCUGAUACAUCAGAAAAAGGCUCCUCAUCCACAAAUACACAUACAGAUUCUUCUGUGAUAAAUGAAGGGCAUGAAGGGCAUGAAGGGCAUGAAGGCAAGACUUCUACUCCUUCAAAGGAAAGCUCCCAGUCCUUGGAUAUAAAGCCAGUUUCUGAUGCUUCUGCACAAGAAAAAGCUUUAGCUGAAGAGACACUAGCUCAGCAACCAAAAAGUGAUCAUCAUAAAAGAAGCGAAGAUGCAGUGGCUGCAGCUAAGGAACGUUUUUUGGCACGGAAGAGGGCAAAACAACAGUAGAUAGAGGUGCCUGUUUUAUUUAUGUCCAAAUAUGUUGUAGUUAAUUCGUGAGGAUGCUCUCUGUAGAGGAUGGGUAUGGAAGAUAAGAGUUAAAAUGUUCAAAUCUCCCGGCCUCUCCCCAGGAGAAAGGAACCAGGUUGAGAGAUACAAGAUUCACAGUUGAAGUGAGAUGGAUGAGCAAUAUAGUCGUUGAUACAAACAAAUUGAGUAUGGACAACUUACGUCGUGAAACGUGGUUUUAGGAAUGACUUGGACUCUAAAUUUAACCAUUUUUCUUUCA